CUCGCUGCACGGAGCAGGGUUUGCCACAUUGAUUUUGCGUCGCGGCCAGGGGGAUGGGUGUGGAGGGAGUUUCCUUUGGCAAGAGGCCCCAAGCCAAAGUAAGUAAUCUUACGCGCAACGAUCAUUCAUAAAUUCAGAACAUCUGCGUGAAUUGAAUGCUAAUCUUCGCAAUAGUUUCACUGCACGGAGUGAAUUUGGCCUUUUGACUUAGCGCGGGCAAACUCUCAUCUUCCACCAUGGCAUCUCGCGUUCGUUGAGUGAUCGUUUCGGCGAUCUGCUCGUGGGCUUUCAACAACAACAACAGCAACUACACAACAUCCUGGGCACAGGGACCAGCAUAAGCAGAUAGUCUUUUAGACUUGACUGCUUCUAGCUUUCUUCGUAGCGAAGGGCUUUUAUCUUCUGCCUUCUGGCUUUCUUCGUAGCGAAGGGCCUUUUUUUCAAAAAAUGACGACAGACUGGGCGCAGGGACCAGUAACUUCACCAAUAUUACACAAUACACUGGGCGUACCGACCAGAAUCAGCAAAUUUCAGAUAGACAUGCUGGGCGCAGGGACCAGCUUCAUCGACCAGCCGUUCGUCCUCUAUUUACGCGCAUUGAAAUGGUACCCUUUCUGACGUCAAGAGAGCUAUCGCAGAUUCUAGAUGGAGAUGGACUUCUUAUUCGAGGAAUACAACACAAUAUCCAAACUCCUCCGACUACGUUCAGAACACCGACAAACCAAUCGCACCGAUCAAAUCAACUUUCGAAACUGCGCCAUACGCAAAGGGUGGAUGA